CAAUUUCUUCAUUGUCAACAAAAACAAGACUUUCGUUUUUCGUUUUUAUUUAUUCGUGACGUUUACAGUGUAAAGAAAAUUAGUGUUUUUAUUCUGCUAAAUCGAUGUAGAUUGUUAAUAAUACACAUUUCAGUUAUGUUUUGUUUGCAUCAUAUGAUUUUUUGAGUAGUUUGUUCAUUAAACGAUGGACGAUUACGCCUUGGAUCCAUACGAACAGCAGUUACUGAAAGUCUUCAACAGCCACGAUCGUGACAGUUGCGGCAGUCUAGAUUUAGAAGGUCUAACACAACUCUGCCUAACGCUUCAACUCGAAGAACACGGCGUCGAUCUAGUCAAAUGCCUUCUAAAUGACAAGAUAUCUCGAGUUAAUUUCACUGAAUUCAAAGAUGCUCUCUUGGCUCUAUUAGGAAACAUGCAAAAUAAUAAAACUACGAAAAAUGAGGAACUGAAUGAAGAAAAAUCCUCGCCCGACAGGGAAGUCUCGCCAAAAUUCGUUUACGGGUCUAAAAAGUACGGUAGAAGAUCAAGACCUAGGAAUGACGAUAUUAACAAUAUUAACGCAGACAAUGCUAAUAAAAAUCAAAACAAUGUAUCCGUUCAGAGAUCCAAUUCGAAUACAGAAGUAUCUUCUAAGAAGAGAAAAACCAAUUAUAGACUUCAACGCUGCAUUUCCUUGCCGACCAAUAAUGACUUACAUAUAACCAACCCCGAUAAUAAAAUCUCCAACGAAUCAGAACUAGUUUGUACGGAAGAAAUGCUUCGCGAAGCUUGGAAAAAGCUGGGUGUAGGGGAAGACGGUUUCUUAAACCAAACUGAGUUGAUUUUAGUUUGUGACGCUAUAGGUCUACAUAAACUAGCUGACGGAGUGAUAAGACAGCUAUCUGAUAAACUAACGUUAAACCACGAUCAUAAAAUCAGUUUUCAAGAGCUAUUAACCAUUCUGCAACAAGAUGAUACGUGGUUCGAGGUACUAAACCAGCCGUUACCUGCUAACGAUGAGACCAUCAUUCAAACUACAAACGAAGGUCUCUUUCCCGACUCACGUACUUUUCAUUUGGUGACUUUAGGUCCCGACGGGAACGGAAUGAUCAAUACGGACAGUCUUAUCGAAAUGUGGGAAGGAGUUGGAUUACAUUCGCCCAAAGAAUUGUUGCACGAAUUGGGAUUUAAUUGUAGAAGGAUUAAUAUUUUGGAUUUGGGAGAUGUUUUGGAUAAGCAGAUCAAGGGGAUUACCGAGGCGACUAGGAGCGAAUUUCAGAGUCCUCAUGUUGCUCUAUUGCAGGCCAGUUUGACCCUCUAUCAAUCCGAGAUAAAAACUUUCAAAAAUCUUCUGGAGCAAAUGCACGCUGAGCGUGAAAAACUAAAAUGCCACGUAACCGAUGCCAACAACAGAGCGACCCUUCUGGCACAAGAAGUCGAUGACAACCAUUCCAGAAUGGAGCAAAACACCCUGAACCAAGUCAAACUUCUAGAACAGAGACACUCAGAUAUUCUAAAAGAGAUAACCGGCCAAUUUACCAAAGACAAAGACCAACUUACCAGCAUGAAUCAAAUCCUCGAAGAAAAAAUAACGUCGCUAGAACAGGAAGUCAAUAAACUUAAGAACGAUCUUUUGGUCGCGCAGAAAUACUCUCUGAACGUCGAAAAGGAGAACCAGAAUCUCUCACUUAAAAUUGCGGAAUUAGAGCGAGACAAAAACUUUUUGAGCGGCCAGAUAGAUAGUUUGGAAAAUGAAAAACAAAAGACCUGCGAAAUCGAACUGGAGGAAACUAAAAUGUUGAUGACCAAAUUGGCGACGUUGCAAAUGGAGAAUGCUCAGUUGAAGGAUAAGAACGAUGAGAUGGUGUCAGAAAUUGAGAGCUUGUCCACUCAGGUAGCGAGUAUGCGAAUGAAAGUGUCUAGUACUCCGACGAACGUCAACACCUUGGACCAAUCGAUGGAAGAGAACAUUUCAAUAAUAUGCGAAGGUGUCGGUCUUGGUGCGAAGCGUAGGAGUGACUACUCGCCUUCUAAGGAGAAUCACUUGUUUGGUAUCGUAGAUAAGAGUCCUAGAUUAGGGAAAAUACGAAAAUUCACCACCAAACGUGAAAACCUCGAAGUUCCUUUCACGUCCAGCGAAAGCGGGUUCGAUACCGAAGUCGAUUGUCUAGAUUCAUCAUCUUCGGCGUCUACCAACGAAAAUGAAGAUGUUACUCGGUUGCAAUCCAAAGUAGCGUUCCUGGAACAGAUUUUGAAACAAAACGGUAUCCCCGUACCAUCCAGUGGCUUUGAGGGCUUGGGAACGAACUGGAGUACGAACCCCGACUACCUAAGCACCAGAGUCCAAGAUUUAGAAAAACUCAUCAGGGACGUAAAAGAAACGAUGAAAAUGCUGAUAGAAAACGACAACGUGAACUGUGAUAAUCUAAAAAUGGUUAGUGAAAAAUUGGAACAGACUUUUCUCGGAAACAAAGGGAAUUCCCCCUUCGAAUUCGAAUUUUCCGAUAAAGCUUCCGCCUCAACCAGCUCCCAAACCGACUUCGUUAACGAAUUCGAAGAAAGAGUUAAUAAAUUAGAAAACGAAAAUAAAGAUUUGUGCGUCAAGUGCACCGAAUUAGAAAAUUGCGUGGAAUUGUUGAGGAACGAAUACGAAAAAUGCGAAGACUACUGGCAGAACAAGGUCGACGAGGAACGUCAAAUGUACGAAGCCGAACAGAAGAUAAACAGCGACAAACUAACAGAACUUAUACUAAAAAUGCAGGAAUAUGAAGACCAGUACGCUGAUAAAGACAUGGUUGAUAAUAGACUACCUACUAUUGAAGAAACUUAUAAUUUAGAAAAGCAAUUCACCGAUCUGGAAGAGGAAUUCGAAAUGUACAAGGAAGAGAGUGAAAUCACGUUGUUUCAAAAGGACGAAGAAAUACGUAUACUCAAAGAAAAAUUGACGGAAUUGGCGUUGAAGCAGCAACACGAUGCAUCUAUACAAGUCGAAACUGACACAGAAGAAGAAAGGAUAAUCAGAAAGAUGCAAAACUUAUCCAGUUACAUAGUAGAAAAUACCAGUCGAUACCCCGUUGAAAUGGUCUCAACUGUACCGCAAAUUACGCUGAAUACAUCUCAAAACAAUCUAGAAUACGUAAACCAAUCGUUAGUGUGGAACCAACAAAUCAGAAACGACGAUUUUGAGAAUUCAAAAUCGCUUCCUGUUAACUUCAAUUUGUACAAUUCAAGAACGGAUUCUACCGCUCCGUCCACCUCUUGUAGCACGACCAGUUUGGACCAACAUUCCAUCCCGGGCACACCUUGUAGGCCGAAAAGGACGAAGAAGUAUAACAAGAACAUAUACAAGAAGAACAGUCAGGAUAGUUGUAAUAAACAUCACGAUACUGAUUCGCGAUCGGAGAAUAAUAGUGUCCAAAGCGUGAGCGCGAACUGCGGAGCAGAACAGAAGGUCAUUUUGCCACUGAGGUCAUUCCACAAUUUAAACGCCAGGAGGAACUUUUUGGAGCAGAGGGUGCGGCAUUUACAGAUUUGUCUUCAACAGCAGAAGUUUUGUAACGAGCAGACGCUUCAACGUUUUUGGCAUCAGUUUAAUGGCGAACGCGUCGAUCUCCACACCAAACUAAAAUAUCUACAAGAGAAGCUUGACCAACAGGUCCGCAUUAGCAGAGAACAAUUAGACAAAUUGGAAAAGACUGAUAUGUUGGUUAAGGACCUUUACGUUGAAAACUCUUACCUCAUCGCCAGUGUACAAAGGCUGGAGCAGAGGUGUCACAUCCUGACGCAAUGUAAUAACUCUAGUUCGGUUUAAAAAUUGGUGCAUUACAAGUUCCAAUGAGGUUUGUUUGUUCUAGUAAAAUGUUUUCUUUUUUAUAAAAAGAAUAUAGCGGUUUUUAAAGGUAAUUUACUAAGCAGUUGUGCUCGGUGCUGCUAUUAAAAUGUUUACAUUUGAUCCAUAUCUUACAUUUCGUCUUUAUAAUCGAAACACUUCUAAAAUUUAAAAUUGUUGUUCCAAAUUUGACUACUCUAAUUAUUUAUGAUUUAAUUUCGAUUUUAUACAUCAAUUUGCGGCUCGAAGGAUCAUGUGUUUCAUUUUUUACAAGAAACAACUUUUAAAAGAUAUUUAUACUAGCAGUUCUGAUGUUAGGCGUGUGAUAUUGCCAAUUUCUUCGGUGGCCAUUUUUUUCUUCAUUUUUAUGAUUCUGAUUAAUAUUAAGUAAGGUUUUUUUUUUUUAUUUGAACAACAAAAGUGAUAUUUUCUCGCUUGGUAAAGCCGUUUUUCGCCAAUUGACUAACAAGCUUUUUUACAAAAAUUAUAAAUACAUUUUUACAUGUGAAUAUUUUGAUCUAUUUGUAAUGCACUUACUUGUUGGUAAAAAAAAGUAGGAAGAGUACAAAAUUUGUUUCUAUUUAACUUAAAAAUUAGGUCUUAUAUAUUUUAUGUACAUAUUCUAGUACUAGUAGAUAGUAUAUUAUUUUCCAGUAUAUUUUUAACUGCAGGUACAACAAUGGUGUAUUUUCAACUAACUCUCGUUUUUGUGUGAGUGGAUCUGUUUAGUUUUUACAAGGAUGCGUUUAGACCAGGUUGAUGCAUUCACAAAAUAAGGAAUUUCUGAUGUCUUCUUUCAAAUAAUAUAUUUUGUACUGUCUCUGCAAUGUCUAAACGUAUUAAUUUGUAUCUGACAAUAUAUGCGAUGUUAAAAAUAAGUGUUCCAACUAAAAGUUAUAUGUAUUCCACAGAAGACAAAUAAAUCGGCCGAUAAUUUUAUAGACUUAUUACAGCCGGUUGCAAGAACGUUCAUUAAAAUGUAUAGACUUGAUAAUCGUUAGGGAUUGAAAAUAUUUUUUGUCUGAAUGACUAAUCAGGUUCUUAAUUUUAAUGGACUCUUCAGAACUGGAUGCUAAUAUUUAACCUUUAACUAUUUUUUGUGGUAAUAAUUCAGUUUAAAUAUGCUUUCUAGAAGUGACCAUAAUACAUAUUUUGAUGUUAUCUUGCUCAGGUCAGUAGAUAUUAAAACAGUUUAUUUUUUUUUUCUUAAGGAUAAUUUUUGGUAGGAACACUUCGUAUUUCGUCGAGGUUUGUUUUAAGAAUAUUAAUGUUAAGUUUUGUUAAAGGUUUUAUUGCAUAUCAAGAGGCAAUUCUUAUAAUUUCGGUUUAAAAGAUGUCUUAAAGCCAAAAAUUGUUUUCCAUUCGUUUAUUAUAAUCUGGAUAGUUGUUUUACUUUUUAUUUUUUAAAACUAGUUAAAUUAUAAUAAUUUUUGGAUUGAUUUUAAUUUCAGAACAUUCUAUAUAUCAACACAGGGUAAUAUGUAAGGUUAUUUUAUUUUUCACUUAAGGUGGUUUUCUAAUAAUGAGUACCAAAAAUUUUGCAUAAGUCUGACGAUGUUUUACAAAAAUAAAGAGAAUUUUGAGUUAUAGCCCAAGCAGUGAAUGGUUUAGAACAGGGGUUACUUAUGAAAAAUUAGAAUAAAGAUACAAAUUGGUAUGUUGGUCCAAUACAGUGUCUUCCUGAUGGCAUUAUACCUGAAUAAAUACACUUUACAAUAGUUUUUGUUCGAAUCGAUAGCUUUUAUCUUGCAAUUUUAAUUUUCUAGCAUUUUCUGAGUACUAAAAUGUUUUCCAUCUGACCUUUGUAUAGAAAUAUAUUUAUAAUUUUUUUCUUGCUAUUUAAAUCUUAGUGCAGUGAUUUAUUAAAUUCUACAUUUUCUUUAGAUUUUGAAUUUUUUCUCUUUAUAAUUAAUUCUUUAUUAGGACUAUUUAACUGAAACAUUUAUUAGGAAUUUUGUUUGCGAUCAUGCAUCGGUAAGAUAAAGUUGAAAUUAAAGUUAAAUUAAUAAACUAAAAAAAAAUGUACUGGCAUAAACCAUACAUAUAUAAGAUGAAGGUAAGGUAGAGAAUAGUAAAUACUCAGAUUACUAAGUAUUCACGUGUAACAAAAAAAGAGAAAAACAAACUGAAAAUUUUAAUACAUAAAAUAAAGGGAAUUGAGACACAUAUUUAGUUAUUUAAUGAUGCUCCCAAAAUAGGAAGGGGUUGAUAAACUUACAAGCUAAGACUUAAUACUAAAUUUUUUUUAGAAAACACUUGAAAUUUUGACUGUAGCCCUUAAAGACUAAAGAUUUACAACUUAAACCAGGUAGAUUUACUACUUUAGUUUUUAAGUGCUUGUUUAAAAAAAUUUUGAUUAAAAUGAAAAAUGGAUUUUAAAUUUAAAUCUGCACUCUUAUACCAUACACAUGUCAUAAUCAGGGAAAGAUAAGAUAAAGGUAAAUAAAUGUAGGUAAGGUAAACCAGAAAGAAUGAUCAUUGAACUAUAUUUGCAUAUAUCAUAACUAAGUAACGGUGAACAUUUCAAAUCAAAGGUAAAUAUCUUGAUAUUCAAAAAACAUAGUACAUCAUGUACUAAAGGUACAAAUAAUAUUAUUAAACGAUAAAUAGCACAUUCACUUAACUAGGGAAUAAAGAUAUAUAAUAAUAUUAUAGAAGAUAAAUUAUGAAAAUCAAGAUAAAUAAUGUACACACAUUAGUGAGUACAGAUAAGGUAUACGAAAUAUGUUCGUAAUGCUGUCACUUUUCUCAGUGUAAAUCAGCAAAGUAGAAAAGUUAGGUAAAAAAAAUAUAGUAAUGCAAGUUAUCUGUUAACCUAAAGUUAACCCAAAUAUAAAAUUUUGCAAUACUCAACUAAAUUAUUUUCAAUAUAAAGUGAAAACAGAGGUAUCUAAUAAUAUUGCUAAAAGCAUAAAUUCUCAAGUUAUAAUUGAAAAAAGAAUAAAGAUAUACAAACUUUUACUACUUGUAUUAAAAUAAAAUUUAAAGUUGGUUCGGAAUCAGUUAGCUAUGCAAUAGUGAGGUACUUAACCAUAUAAAGAAAAACACGAAAUGCUAGAUAAUAUAGUUCAAAGUCAACUUAGGUAUUUUAAGAUUGAAUUUAAGGAAAAGGUAAACAAAUUAAAAUAUUACUCAAGUUCAAUAACAAUAUAUAGAUUUACUACCAAUCAAGAGAAAAAAUUCCUAAUAAAUGUUUCAGUUAAAUAGUCAUAAUAAAGAAUUAAUUAUAAAGGAAAGAAAUUCAAAAUCUAAAGAAAAUGUAAAAUUUAAUUUACUAAAUUUAAUAAAAAGUAGGUAAAGACAUUGAAUAAAUCACUGCAGUAAGAUUGAAAUAGCAAGAAAAAAUUAUAAAUAUAUUUCUAUACAUUUUUUUUUUUUCAAAUUUAAGAUGAUUUAUUCAAUAGCACUUAUCUUUUGUUAAAAGGAGGUAAUAUAAGGAAUGUUUUAUCGCAUGGUAUAUCCUCAGGCAACUUCUUCAAAGGGAUUCGGGAUCCUUAUUCGUAAUUCUGCAACGUGAAUGAUCUCGUGAUAUUUGGUAUUCUAACUUAAACUCGAAACUGUCUAGAUCUUCUAGAGAUGAAUUAAACCACGGCCUUCAGAUUGUACCAAAACCAAAACAAACUUCUAGGUAUAAAAACCAUAAAACAUCUUGAUAGGAAUUCAAACCCGUCUAGAUAUAAUCGGUUUUCAAAGAAAAUUAUAAAUGUAGCAAAACGGGUAACUUUGAUUAAAAUUACAAAACAUAAAGUGUAUUUAUUCCGGCAUAACGCAGUUUUUAAAUACUGCCAUCUGUUCGGUCCAUGGCUCUCGCGAAAUGAAAGCAGUGCAAACCAAGGGGGCGUGGCUUUCAACGACAAGACAUACCUCUUUUCAGGACGCUCUAGAGUGGCUUAUCAAAACUUAACAAAGCACUACAGUCUUCUGUCUUACACCAUCCCAAAAGUGUUCCACCACCUUGUACCUACAAGUAAUAGUUUUGUCAGAAUUAUCUUUUAAUUCGUUAAAACACUUGUCUAAUUAGUUAAAAUACAUCUAGUCAUUUUUAGUAUUCACUUGCCUUGAAAAUCGUCUUGUAGGGUCAUGGCACUACUUAUGGCCACCUCUUGCUUUAAUAAAAAUAAAGGUUUAGCAACAAUAUAAACAAAAAUGGUGGUUAGAGGAGGUAAAUGAGCAUGUGGUUACAUCAUUGGGCAGGUUUGCAACUACAGUCUGUUCGCUAUACUUACGCGGGUUUCGGAUUAAAAAUUUUAUGAGUAUUUCCAGGUAAGUACCCGAAAGUUUGACCUGUUCUUUGGGGAAAUAUCAACUGGUUAAAUGAAAUGAAAAAGAAUGUACAACUUUUUAAUUAAAUAAUAAUGGAGAAUCUUUUGUAUAAUUGAGAGCAGAAUUAAACUUCUUCAUUAAUGGAGUCUAAUGUGGCUAUUAUAAACCUAAUAAAUUUUAUAUUACACUUCAUACAGAAAAUAUGGUCUAUAUAUAAUAAGAGGGUUAUUUAUAUCAAAUAAAAUAUUUUCUAAUAAAAAAAUUGAACUUGCCAACAAAAAUGAAAAUCAGUCAUUAUCAUCUAAAAUAUCAUAAUCGUCAUCAUCAUCACUGUCAUCACCAUUAAUUAUUAUUAUGAUUGGACUUAUUUCGUUUAUUUUAUUUUCACGAGUCCACCAAUCUUCUAUUAGUUUCUCGCACUUGGAUAUACAGUUCCGCCACACAUCUGGAGUUGCAAUUGAAAGUGCUUUUCGCCAAGUUUCCCGAACUGCGUCGUCACUAUAACCAUUAGGCCCAAUAUGGUUGUCAUAAUAUUGUUUUGCUAUUCCCCAUAUAUAUUCGAUGGGAUUAAACUGGCAAUGAUACGGUGGCAGACGUAAAACUUGAUGACCGUAACUUUCAAUAAUCUGAUCCACAACAAAGGUUUUUGGUUUUGCGUGUAUAUUUGCCAAGCGUAAUAAUUCUGAUUUUAAUAUAUAUUGAGGAAAUGGUAUAUGUUCCUUUGUCAACCAUUCUUUAAUUUUAUCAACUGUCCAAGAAUUUUGUUUAAUACUUCAGAAUGGUAAGGUGCAUUGUCUAAAAUAAUUACGCUGGGCUCACUUAAACCUGGGAGAAGUUUUUCAUGCAACCAUCUUACAAACAUUUCUGUGUUCAUAUUAUCGUGAUAGUCACUGGAUAUUGAUUUAGAUGAAAAUAUUAAAUCAGCACCUUCUAUAAAACCCGAUUUCCCUCCUGCAUGUAAAAUUAUGUGUCGCUUCCCUUCUCCAUCGGUAUGUUUGAUGGACUUUACGUUAUCAUCUUGCCAUAUUCUCUUGGUUGCACCCCUAGAAAAUAUCCAUGUUUCGUCUAAAUAUAUAAAAUUCGCCCCUUCUUCUUUAAAUUUAGAAUAUUUUCUUAGAAAGUUAAUUCUCUUGUGCACGACAGAACUGCUUUCACAAAGGGCCUUUCUGUUAUCCUCCUUUUGAAAUUUGAAACCCAAGUUAUAUAUCACUUGCCAUAGACUUGUUCUGCCAAUGUCGUCAAAUUUUAUAUCUAUUAAUUCCGAGAGAAUUGUAUUUAAGGUCACAUGUUCCUUGUUGGCCCUCAUUCGAUAAAUGGUAUCACGAAUUUCAAAUUUCUUUCUAUCUGGAAUAUCUUCAGUUUUCAAUGAUGGCCGAGUUUUGCGAUGAUCUUUCGGCAGUUCACUAUUGUGAUUUUGUAAUACUCCUUUUAAUUUGGUUUCACUAAUUCCUAGAGCAUCGCAUACGCGUUGUUGAACAGACAUUACCGAUUUUAAAGGACCGUCAUUUUCUUUUUCAUCCGUAAAAUACUUAGGUACACUAAAAAUUAAAAUAUCUACAUCCAACACACGUCUAGGCAUUUUUAAAAUUUCCAUUAAAUUUACAAUAUACAUACAAUGUCAACACUUGCAAAGAAUCAAUUCAACUGCAAUAUUUGUAACAAAUUUAGUACCUACCCUAAUGUUAUUUUAAUUUAAAUCUGACCAUUAGGGCAAUUUUACCUAUUUUCUUGGGAUGAGACUUAUCGGAACUGGUUGUCAAUGACUAAUUUGCAUAAUUUUGUUAAUCCGAAAUCUGCAUAAGUAUAGCGAACAUACUGUAAUAAACCAAGUCCAUUGGUAAUCAGUAAAAUAGAUAGUUAGCAUGGGUAAUACAUGCAAGCAUUACUUUUAGUUUUGCCUAAGAAUUUAUUUGCAAACAACAAAAAUCAGAUCUAUUAAGUAUAUUUUUGAAAAUUUGCAAUUCCAUAGGUAAGUAGAUGUUAAUACCCAUGUAUUUUGUUUUCGACAUCAUAUAUAGUUUUUUAAAUAAAAAUAAAUAUCAGGAUGGCCAUUAGUAAUGACUAAAAAUUAACAAUUCGUGAGUUAUAGUCACAUGGGUGGCCAAAAGUAAAAUCUUGUAUUUGAUUUAUGGCCACUGCAGUUAUUGUGUGGGUUGAGGGGUAGAUAGCAAUUGAGUUUUAUAGCUAAUAAAUAAGAUGAAAUGUCACUGACAUCUGAC